AUAAAAGUAGCCGAAAUAAAUGGAAGAUUUAAAUUUAGUUCUCUCGUAAGAACUGUGAGGGAUUUUAUCAGUUUAUAGGUAGGUAUGAGUUGUUUUCCCAGCGGAUAACAAAUUUUCUUUUCAAUCCAAUGUAUAGCAAAUCGGCUUUGAGCCUGAAUAACAGAAAAAAAGAUUUCGCACAAAUAUGCAGUACCCCGCUCUGGUCAGCUGCACGCUAGGACACGCUACGAAAAAUCAAUAUUUCAAUCCGGGGCAUCGUCGUCAUAUCUCUCUUAGCGACCCUUGGAGCAUGCUCAGUGUGGGUUUAUCGUGGAGCGUUACAACUUGUAGAUUAUCGAUGUGUACAUUUCUGAAAUAAUUCCUCUGCGACUGCAAUAUAAUUCACCAUUGCUUCACCCCAGCCAUGAGUGCGGAUUAUCCGUAUUUGUCGUACCUGGCUUUGUAUAUUGUUUCCGCCAGCUUGUGGAGUUCAGAUACUAUGGGAGCGACACACUGGAUUCUGAACGAGAGGGAUGGAGUUGUACGUGCCAGCAGUGGAAAUGACAUACUGAAAUCCGAUCCGGUGCUGUCUAUUCUGACGAAAACUAACCCUCCCAAGACGGGAAAUGGUAGAAAAACAAACUGUGACCAAUGCAGUAAGGGCAGAUCUCAUGGUCUAAGUCCUGUAGUUGGCGCAGUGGGUCCCACAUCUUUAGAGUUAUUUCCUGCCCCACAGUUAACAUGUGGUCCGUCAGUUAAUGAAACCUUCUAUGAUCACUUGGAAGGAAUUGCAAACCGCGAAUACCAUCCAACCUUUAUGGAGCCUGAUGUGGCCAUGCUCUUCAAGAAGAGUGAAGUUGAAGACAUUGAUUUAGGUCUGAUUGAAUCAAACUUAAGAAGAGCAAUUGAAGAAAGUCCAAAUUCAGUUGUUGUAUGUAACCACGUUGGGAAUUUCUGGAGAAUCAGAGGAAGCACGUACCACUCCAUAGAGUGCUUUAGACGAGCCUUGUAUUAUUCACCAAAUGAUGCCGAUGCCCUCCUAAAUCUUGCAAAGGUCCUAUUCAAUUUGAACUAUGUUCAAGAUGCUGCGUAUCUGGCACGGAGGUCACUAGAAAUGCAGCCUUCUGAGCACAACUGUUGGUUACAGCAUUUUACCCUUGGUGAAAUUCUGAGGGCAAGUGGAGACCUGGAAGAAGCAGGGAUCCAUUUCAGACAUGCAUUGGACCUCAACCCAGCAUUUGAACUGGCAGAGGUGCACCUGCGGGAGAUUGGAUCACCGUCCACCUCUACCACAAAUACAUACACAUUCUUGAUAAUAGGCCUACUUGUGGUGGUUGUCUUAGCCACAGUCUACUUCAUGACGCUAACAAGUGAAAGUCGUGGGACAAAGAGCAGCCGCAUGCCACUUUGGUCAGAAGGAAAAAGACCAAAGAAGAGACCUAUCACAUGAAGCAUUCUGUAUUAUGAAAACUCCAGAGACAUUUUUUUUUUGCACAAUAGGAUGUCAUUAAUUUGCAUCUUUGCAACCUGAAAACUUUUUUAAAGAAAACUGAAAGUUGUCAAUCAAUCUUGUAAAAGUAUUUGACAUGUAGAGUCACAAAUCCCAUGAAACUGGAGGCUAUGCUCUUUUAUAAAAAUUUGAUAUUCAGAUAUUUGCAUGGAAAUUAGCUGUUUUUAAUUAAAGGAAUGUCCCAACAA